AUGGGAAAGAAACAAGUGUGCCCGCCUCGUGCCCUCCCUCCAGUGCCAAGUGGAAACCAAGAUGAAAUUCCACUCAGUCGUCCCAAAAAAAGGAAGCCCAAAGGAAAGACUCCGUUAGAUGGCAUCGUCCAAGCAGCUGUUCGUUGGCAGUCUGAAAGCAGUGAGCCCCUGACUCCUGAACCUCAUGAUGUCCCUCCUCAGAGGAAACGCAAGAAGAAGAAAAUACCUACCGAUUCUGAGACCUCUUUUACCCAGCAAAAUGUUGCAUCCUUAUUUCAGAAUGGAAAUGGCAUGGAUGUCCCUGAAGCUGAAGAAACAGUGAUCCGCAAACAGAGAAAAAGAACAAAGAAACCUCGGCCAGCCGAAACGCACUGUUCCAAUGAGCUGGAAGUGGAGGAGGAAGACAUCAUUGAAGAUGACCACAGAAGGAGCCCAGAUCAGCAGCCUGUGUUUGCUGCUCCCACUGGAAUUAGCCAGCCUGUUAGCAAGGUGUUUGUUGAAAAAAAUCGGCGUUUUCAGGCAGCCGACCGUGCAGAAUUGAUUAAAACCACUGAAAAUAUCAAUGUACUUAUGGACGUGAAGGCUUCAUGGACUACCAGAGAUGUCGCUCUCACAGUGCACCGAAGUUUCAGGGUGAUCGGACUCUUUACCCAUGGCUUCCUUGCUGGGUAUGCUGUAUGGAACAUCAUUGUUAUCUACAUUUUGGCAGGAAAUCAACUUUCCACAGUUUCGAACCUGCUCCAGCAGUAUAAGACACUAGCAUACCCAGCUCAAAGUUUGUUCUAUUUGUUGCUGUCUAUCAGUACAGUCUCAGCCUUUGACAGGAUUGAUUUGGCAAAAGCAUCAGUUGCACUGAGAGGCUUUCUUACCCUAGACCCAGCAGCAGUAGCCGCUUUCUUGUACUUUGCUGCUCUUAUCUUAUCCUUAAGCCAGCAGAUGACAUGUGACAGAAUUAACCUCUACACACCACCUUCAGAAAAUGGCAGCAUCUGGACGACAGGUACAGAGGAAGAAAUUGUUCAGCCGUGGAUUGUGGUGAAUCUGGUAGUGUCUAUUCUAGUUGGGGCAAGUUGGAUCUUCUUGUCUUACCGACCAGAGCUAGACCACAGUGAAGAACUGAUGUUUCAUGCUGAAAUCGAGGAAUUUCCCCAGGGAGAUAUCGUACCCAGAGUCCAGCCAUAGUGUGGAAGAAGCAUCUGCAAAUAUUGUAGCUGGGACUGAUGGCUCAACAUGUUGUGUAUUAUAGCCAUGUAUUAUAACUUUCUUAAAGAAAAAAAUGUAUUUUUAUAUUGUAUAUAUUUGAUUUUGAUCUUUUUAUGUAUGCUACAAUUUCCAAAUGUGAUUGAAAACUUUUAUACUUUUGUUUUUUAUUUUACAAAGUAGAUUAUCUCUAGUGCAUAAAGUCAAGGUGGUUUUGUAAACAUUGCUACCUGUUAUAGCCAAAGAAACUAAAUGGAUGCAGAAGAUCAGGUAUACAGUGCUUUUUUGACUGCUGUACAACAAUCUGCUUUUGUUACUGAUGCUGAUAGCAGUUGCCUUACCUGAUUUGGCUAAAUACUCUCUAGAGAUUAAAACUAAUCUUAUGAAGAAAGUAGUCUAAGGAAGAUUAUAACAAAACAGAGUUAGGAAACAUAAAAAUGACAAAGUUAGCAAGCAUAAGUAAUCUGGGUUUAGUUGUCAUAAAAAAGUAUUUGCUAGAAUAAAGCAUUGGAUUGUCAGGGAUUUUGUUUGAUAAUUCCUUAAAACAGGACACUAUUUUUCUUCAUCCUCAUUUAGUUCUCUUGACAAAGAUCUUGAUGAUAACAAGUCCUUUCAAGUUGAUGUAGACAGAAGAAACCGAAGUUUUAUUGUUGCAACAGUUUGGUCAGCUAAUGAAUACCUAAAUACAUCUUUUAAUCAAGGAGGGUGGUUUUGGGUUGCCAACAGGACAUACAUACGUUCUGUAAUUUCUCGACAGUCAGGACGCAUAACUAUUACAGAGCCAUUCACAGGAAUAGCGUUCUGAUUUAUCCUUAUCUUGUAUGGCAAGAGCAGCAGUGUUAUUCACUGCUCUUUCUAAAGAAACUUGGAUUUCACAAAUUUUAAAAAUGUUCCUAUUUCUACCUAUUUUGAUGAAGAAUGAUUUCCCCCAAAAGGAUGUUUGUUGUUUUGUGUUAGAAUGGUAUGCGAAACUUCUUCCUAAAAUUACAAGAAAAUGCUUACUAAAGCAAAACAAAAACCCUAUAGCAGCCCACCUUCUACGUAGUGAUGUAGUACUAAUAGUGGCAGUUAGUGGUUUUUGAUGAUGAAAGCCAACAUUCUUUUUCUUUUAUAUUAAAGUGGCAAAAAGAAAGCAUUGCAGAUGUGAAUAAAUACAGAUGUCUUGCAGGAUGAAACAGUUUCCUUAGCAGACAUAGACGAGAGCUAGUUUGAAAUCCAUUUCUCAAGAAAGUAUCACCUAAAGCCCCAAAACUAUUUGUAUAUGUUAUUUAAUGUAUUGAUUUUGCAUUGUUUUAUUUAAUGUGUAUGUUGAUUUUGUAAACAUUGUGGUUUACAAAUGUGGUUUACUAAGGUUAUGGUUGUAAAGGUUGUGCAGUUGUCAAAGUUCCCUGGAGAAUUACUGUACUUUCUAGUAGUGAAGGUAAGACUUGAAGGAGGAUGUUAAAGAGCCAGUAACUUUCUAUGCUGUUACUUGAGUUGCUUUAAAACAAGGAUGGGAACAUGAAUAACUAGGGCUGCUGCUGCCCUGUUGAGGACUUGAGUUCUGCUACACUUAUCCAGCAAAUUCAAGUAAUUCAAAAAUUCAGUGUUCAUGACAUCUUUUAAAUGGUGUGGUAAUCUUGGGGGAAGAGUUCUACCAGAAUUAAAAGACUUUCCACAGCUGUUGGCUGUGUUCUGGGGCAUUCACUUUGUUGUGGGAAGGAGCUGUUAAUCUUUUUUGUAAAUUGUUACGGUUCUUGUGUAUGUUUUUUUGCAAAACUGUAGAGCUGAAUUAUGGCUGGCACUCCAUUGUACAUUAAAAUGGAGAGAUUCAUGGUGCUUCUCCCCUUCAGUGUUACACUGGAGGUUCUUGUCAUAAUUUGGCUGUACAAGAUAGAGAUGAAACACUACGUAGUGUUCCCAUGCAAGUUGCCACCACACUUUCUCCAGAUGUGGUGUGUUUGAUUUAUAGAAUUGUUGAGCUCCUGAAGAUGAGAUUAAUAAUGGCUUCUCUUUGCUGUUUGACAUUUCUGUCAUCUUGGCAUGGUAAGAAGUAUAAUUUUGCCCAUCAAGUAUGGAGCUCAGGCACAACAGUGCUAAGGCAUCAAAUCAGUACAGGAAAAACUUGAAUAACAUCAUUGCUUGCAUGCUGAUAUUACUAGGAAUUGGCCUUCCACGUAUCCCUUGGACAAAGUGAUGCUAGCCAAGAGCCAGACUUGUUCUUGUCGUGAAAUACAGUAGUUUGUUUAAAUGGUUGAGCAGGGAUUAUGUUAAUGAACUUAAUGGGAUCAAUAUUUCAAACCAGGCUUGCCUUUCCAGUUUAUAUUUUUUGGGAGGGUCUAAGUAUAUGCAUACUUGAAUUAAUGAGGUUUGAAGUUUGCCAUUUAAAAUCACUAUAAAUAAUUUGAUGGCUAAUUACCUAUCUUACAAAGUACUUUUCCUUCCAUUAAGCCUCACAAUGGAAUAUGAGUUGAACUGAGCUUUUUUGUUUAGUUACUUGGACAGUUUUAGAACGAGUUUACAAAAUAGAUGUUUAAUUACAGAACAUGCAGUAUCUGUAGAAGCCUUAACUGAAAUGCCUUUGUGCGUUUCCAUACCAUUGUUUUUAAUGCAGUAUUUUUGUGUUAAUGAAAAAAUUACAAAGAUGUUAGUGCCAAUUUCAUGGUUUUACAUAUAUGAAACAAUUAAACAAUUGCUCG